AAAAAAAAAAUAUAUAUAUAUAUAUAUCUGGAAUCGUCGUCGUCUCUCGCCUCAAUUUCGAAAACAAACCCUAAAUCGUUCACACAAAGACAGAUCUCUCGAGAUGAAAGAUAACCAAACCCAAGUCGAUGCGAGGGGCACUGAUGAUAGAUUGAAAGUUAGAGGAGGAAAGAAACUAAAGGAUCCAAACAAGCCUAAGAAACCUCCAAGUGCUUUCUUCGUCUUCCUGGACGAAUUUAGACGGGAGUUUAAUUUAGCUAAUCCUGAUAACAAAUCCGUGGCUAAUGUUGGUAAAGCUGCUGGAAAGAAAUGGAAAUCUAUGACUGAANAG